CCGUGGCGAAGAGACGUGCUGCUGAAAACCACGCAUUUUAUCAGUUGCCUCUUUACUUCCAUUCCCGUAAAUUUUACUUCUGAGCAAACCUUGACAAUGCAUGCGCAGUGUGUCAUCCCCACGUGCAGUGAAAGAAAAAAAAAAUGCGAUUUUAUUUUUGUUCUGUAAAAAAUGGCCACUUUGUAACGCACAUAUUUCAAUAGCUUGUUGUGUUAUCUUUUUUGUUGGUUUUAAUUCCAACAUAAUGAGUUUAGAAAUUAGAAACCUGAGCGACAUCACUGCUCCUCUCGCAACCGAGGGUUUCCCGACCCCGUAUCCGCACAGCCUCACCGCCACGCUGGAGUCGGAACCCAAGGAAUGGAAGCUCGACUGGAGCUAUACAGUGACUGAGAUCCUAGUGGCCGUCGUCGCGGUCAUCGGGAACGCUCUCACCGUAACUGUCUUCGCCGUGGACCGUAAACUCAGGCGACUGACAAACUAUUAUAUCGUAGCCUUGGCAGUUGCAGACUUUUUGGUGGGGGUCCUUGGUAUUCCCUUUGCCAUUCUGACGUCGAUAGGACUCCCCAAACCAUUAUGGCCUUGUCUGCUGAUGUUGUCGACGCUCCUGGUCCUGUGCACCACCUCCAUCUUUUGCCUGGUGGCGGUGAGUGUGGACCGGUACUGGGCCAUCCUGUAUCCGCUCAGGUACUCCAGGGUCAUGACCGCGAAGAUUGCAAGGUAUAUCAUCCUGAUGUGCUGGCUCGCCGGGACCUUCAUAGGCCUCUUCCCGCUCAUGGGCUGGCGCGAAGAAUACGAUGGCGUCUGCCUCUUCACCAAGGUCAUGAACUACGACUACCUCGUUUUCCUCUACUUCUUCACCAUCGUUGGCCCCGGCAUCAUCAUGGCUGUCUUCUACACGCAUAUCUACACGGUCGUGCUCAAGCAGCUUCGACAGAUCGCCGCCCAGGAACCUCAGGCUGAGAGUGGGUCCCUCGCGGGCCAGAGCAGCCAGAAACAGCGUCCUCGAUUCCUCAUGAGUCGGAGUCAGAGUCGCCAAAUGGGAGACAAUGCGAGGCUGGACUCGCGCAGGAGCAGCACGACGACCAGUAUCGUCAACCAGCUGCAAAUUCCGAGGAGCUCACAAGCUUGGCAGCUGCAGCCUCUUCCUCAAUCCUCUCACGCUGGUCACCUGGCUGAGUGUGCGAGUUCUCUUUCCUCUUCUCUCGAUCCUCUUCAUGCUCAUCGUUCUCCCAGUCGUGGGGCCACGAGUCCAACUCCCCCCAGUUCUCACCUCUCCCCCAGACACCUUCUUCCUCCCGAGAUGCAUCUCCACAGCCUCAAGGACAAUCUGCAUUGCCUCCAACGCCCGCCGCCGACGGAGGAGAAACGGACACAGAACCUGCAAAAGGGAAAGGUAGAAAGGAAAAGCGCUGGGGCAGAUACAAGCAAGGACACAGAGCAUGACGAAAGCGAGGAGAGGAAGGCAACGGCGCCGGGAGAGAUGCUCGAGUGGUCCUCCGUCUACCGCCACCGAACGCCAAGUAUAAGAAUAAGCAGAGAGCAAGAACACGAGGAGGAAAUCACGCAGUUGCUAGGUCACGAGUUAAAUAAACCCGUAGUUGAACGAUCGAGCAGAUGGAAAGCGAUAAUGAAUAUGUUCUCCCAUGAAGAGGAGGCGUGGUCGAGGCGAGGCAGCCGACAAGGCAGCGAGACGGAGUCUAGACGUGGUAGCACUCUCUCUCAUUUCCUUUUCCAGGUGGGCCACGCCAGCCGAAGAGAGGUCAAAGCCGCCAAGAGCCUGAGCAUCAUCGUGCUGUUCUUCAUGUUCAGUUGGUUCCCACUCUACACCAUCAACUGUGUGCAGGCCUUCUGUAGCAGCUGCACUGUGCCGCCUUUCAUCAUGAAUGUCACCAUUAUUCUUAGCCACCUCAACUCCGCCAUCAACCCACUUCUCUACGCCUACCACAUGAAGGACUUCCGAAUGGCCAUCAAGAUGUUCACCCUCCACCGCAUCUUGCGUCGCCCGCUCCCCCAUGACUACAUCUUCAACCGCAGCCUCGUCUCUCCGCACCACUCCACGGUCUAUCGCGUCAGCGUGGGCGGGGCAGCACAGAGCACUAACCUACACACUCCCCACCCCCACAACACACCAAUGACGGGUUCGCCGUCCCCUUUAAUAGGAACUCCAAAAGGAGGGCAGCGUUCGAGGACCUCCACCGUAGAAAGCUGUGGUCCCUGGACCCCUUCUCGCGGUCUCUCGCCCUUUCCGUCUUCGCUUCGCAACCCUAGAGACACGCCUUCGACAGCCACCUCCGGAUCCUCGGACUUACUGCGGCCUCGCUCAGCCACCAUCACCACUCACACCGCACCUGCCUCAGCUCUAAAGUCUAGCAGUCCCACAAAGCCAGGCUUGCCUCCAGAAAUCCAAUCAGGACCAACAGUCGCACAGAUAAAAAACCGACUCAUGGCAGCAUCAGAACGACUGGUUUACAAGCCCUGCUCUCCCGACCCUGCUAGUGUGGAAUCUGGCAAUAUAUCACUGCUCGCCAAUUUCCCAAAAAUGGGAGCCAACACCAAGGAAAAUUCAGAGCUCGAUUCUGAAGUGUUGCCUGUCAAUAGACCCGAUACGGAAGUUACAGUAGAGAACCCCUCUGUACGUGAAGGGAGUCAGGGAAUCAGAACCCAACUGGAAAGUAAGUCACAGUGUGAAAAGACUAAAAACGUGACGCCCUCUUCUGAGUCACCACAGAAAAAGGAUAGCGUCGAAGCGCAAGCCAGUCAAAAGCCACUGUCGGAUAUUAUAGCUGCUCUAAAUACAGAUAACAAAUUUAAGAAAGAUUCCGAAAAGGUCAUGGAAGUUUCGGAGGAAACAGAAUUUGGUCCCCUGGGACAUGGCACUCCCCCUUUGCCAAAUGGAAGCGCGUGCAGUGUCCAGGGGGAAACAGUUUGGACAAAUCACCAAGCAGAUGACCCGAGCCAUAGACAAGAUGAGCUCAGGUCUCUGUUCGAUUCCUCGGCGCAGUGUGCCAGACCUCAAACCCGGGAGGAUCUCGAUCCUCGUCCGGCGGGACAGAAACUGGGGGAGUCGCGCUUGUCGCGGGAAUUUUAUAAAUACAUCCCAAAAAUACUAAGGCGGACUCAGGGACAAUUAAAAAGUAAGUCGUCUAAGAACACCAAGUCUUGGUGGCCACAGCUGAUGAAGCAGCGAUCGUACCACGACCUGCCCGGAGCCAAGUCCUCCGAGCAGGUGAGGCGAACUUGGAGCACCUGUAGUGCCACAGAAGGCUAGGCGGGGGAAUGCUAGUGCGGCGUCUGUGAUGCCAGUCCUCUCUCUCUCUCUCUCUCUCGCUCUCUCUCGCUCUCUCUCUCUCUCUCUCUCUCUCUCUCUCUCUCUCUCUCUCUCUCUCUCUCUCGCUCUCUCUCGCUCUCUCUCGCUCUC